CAAAGCUUGUUGCAAGAAGCUUCUCAAAUGUUUGAUAUCAGUAUUUCAGUUUAUGAUCACGAACUUCCGGUAGAAGCUGACAAGAUGGAGUUUCACAAAACAUGUGUGGUGGUUGGGCUGUUAGCGAUGGCACAUGCCGCUUAUUCAGCAGCACAACACAGAUCAUAUCUGAGAUUAACAGAACAGGAAUUCACAAAACUACCGUUAGAUAUUAUAAUCCAGUGCUUUGUUGGGCUCUUUCUGACGUGUUACGCAGUUGUACACAUAUCUGGAACUUUCCGAGAAAUCCGAGCAAGCUCAGAACAAGAUAGCAAAACAUGGGAUAUGGUUAGUAACAGACAGUCGUUUUACUGUUUUAACCACCGCGGUAAAGCCAUGUACCCUCGGAGGGACGCCAACAGUUGUGGGUAACACCUAUACAGAAUGAACAGCUCGGCAAAGUGAUCGCUACCAUAGUUACCGUCUACCAAGAUAUGGAAAUGCAUUUGAGUGAGAGAGAAAGAUGGACUUUUUAACAUUAUCGAAAGAAAAAUGAUUUAGUGUUGUAGCAUAACUUCAUCUUUCCAACAUAUAUUGAGUCGGUAUAUACAGUGUAGAAAAAAAGUUAAAAUUGAAUUUGAUGAAAUGCAAGAAAAUUAUACAAAAACACAGGUUAAUUAACUAGGGAUGAGUUAACAUUACGCCACUAUGUUUUAAAAAGUGAAAAUGUUGCUGCAAAGAUGGAAAUGUAGCAUAAAAAAGUGAAAAUGAUGCUGCAAAGAUGAAAAUGUAGCAUAAAAAAGUGGAAAUGUGACUGCAAAGAUGGAAAUGUAGCAUAAAAAAGUGGAAAUGUGACUGCAAAGAUGGAAAUGUAGCACUUUCUUUUGUCAAUUUACCCAGUUCAGAUAAUUUAUGUAUACUAAAUAUAAGUUGUUGUAGCAACAGUGUGGUCUGUGAAAUUUUUUCAAACUUUCGAGGCAGAUAUAUUGUAUACAAAUUAUACCAGAAAAAUUUAUCGCUCUUCGAUUGUAAAAUCCAUUAUCGCCCAAAUAAAUUUUCCCUUCUCAUUUUAUUAUUUUAUUUCUAUGUAUAUAACAUUGUAUGUUGUUUACUAGUGUUCGCUGUAAUGAUAAAUUCACCAUUUAUUAGGGCGGGCGAAAAAAGACGAACAUUUCCCGCUAUACAGUAAAAAUGAACCUUUUAUCAAGAUACAAUUAUACCAACUAUACCAAACAAUCACAAAAUAUAAAAGGAAAACAAAAUGAUGUUAAAAAAACCUGUUUUGUGCUGAAGGUAAAGCAUAACCUUUUGGGUUUUAAAUCUGACUGAUUUCAUUGUCCGCACUUUUGCUAGAACUUCUCGGGUAUCAAUUGAAGUAAUAUUAUACAUCGAUGAAUAUUUGUUGUUUUUGGAUAUAGUCGUAAUUUCCUCAUUAGAUACGAAAUGAUAACUUGAGACCUGUAAGUCGUUGUGUAUAUAUUGGUCCUGAUAUUGAAUAAGUGUACCUAUAUUGGAACAUGUACAGCAAGAGUUGGUGCCGAUUACCUAGUUACCGCUUUUGGAUGGUGAGGUCAAAACAAAUAUUGUGUUUUAGGUAUCCCACCUACCAUAGAUUGUCCUGCCGACCCUAGAAAUCUUAUCACCUACUACUUGUAUCUCAGAUUAAUUUAUUAGCAAGGCAAAGUUCACAGCUGCUCAUUACAAUGUUUUUUCUUCCUGUUCUGUGAGUCUGACCAUCUUCCUGACAAAUUAAUAGUCGGUGUAACGUGUGGAAAUGCAUUGUAAAAUUUGAUAUAAACCAUAACAUUGAUCAAUGAAGAUGAAAAAUUAGAAUUGAAAUAAAUUACUUGCCUAACGAGCUACCCUAUUUUUUUCGAACAUGUUACCUGAAACACACAUAUAUUUUUUGGCCUGAUGUUAUGAAUCAGUGUUAAGUAAUACCCAAGAUUUUCCAAGGGAUUAUUUCUGAAUUCUGCAGUUCAAGCUUCUGUUUCUUCAACAGGGUAUAUGUACAUGAGUAUUUAUUAUUUUUACUGUAUGUACAGAGAAGCUGUAGAUUAUUAAGUCCAGUUUAAAUGUUUGUCUAAAUUUCCUGAAAUAUUCAAAAUGUAAUCUCAUAAUUUGAUAUGGAAAUUCAGAAGUUAAAAUUAACUUCUAAAUUCUUUCAUAAUCACAGGGCCAGCAGUUUUAGUUGAUAGAAACGGUUGUAUUAUCCAAAAAGUUGACAUCAUUUUUGUUCAGACCCCGUAUGUUUUCUCAUCCUACAGUGAAAAUGUCUUAUACCUGAAGCAGUUAAACAUGCUGCAUAAUCAUUUAAAUAGAGUACAAUAGAAGCCGGCAAUGUUAUUAUUGUUGUCAUGGACUUUUGUGUUCACAUAUUUGUACCUCGAUGUAUAUCAUUAUAAAAUAAUUUAUUGUUAUUGUGUCUGUAAAAAUAGUGUAGUCUAUAUAGUACCUUUCUAAACAGAAUCCUACAUGUAUGUAAUCUGAAAAUAUUCAUAAACCAGGCAAUGAGUGAGGUUGUUCAAUUACUGUGAACAAACUAAUUUUGGCGCACUCUAUUUUUAGCACAUUGUCAGAUUUUAACAGAUUGACGCCUUGAUGAAUUGGUGCACCAACAAAUUGUGCAAUAGAAAACUUUGGAAAAAAGCAGCAACUAACGCAAGCGUAAUUUAGCGUAAUAGUUCAAACCCCCAAGGAGUUGAAAAGAUCUAUUGGUAAUCUGAUGUAUAUAAACGGUAAUGUUGUACGAUGAAUGUAUGUAUGUGAACAAAAUAUUCAUAUUAUGAGUUUGGGAAAAACUGUGUAUAAACUAGGUGAGCUGAAUGUGUGUACAGUAAGUGUAGAUGAUGGUUUCGAUAGAUAUUGUUAUUAAAGGAUUCCUGUCCCACUUCACGGCCGUUUUCCCCUCCCCUGUACACAGUUACCUCCCCUUAAUUUCCAUUAUAGGAUAUAACAGUAGCACAUUUGGGCUUGCACACUUCCGUUGUCUAGGUAGCUCAUUGGGUUUCAGUGAUGGUACAUAUGUACGAUCAGAAGUCCAGAAUUCAAAUUUAACAUUCGGAACACAUUUGUUAAUAAUGGUUUUUUAUUUCAUCAAAAUCCAGUAUGUUUUCAUAAAAGUUGCGCAAGCUUUAGUUUUCUUAUGAAAAAAUGAUUUAUCAAAACUAUGCAAUCAUGCCGGAAACAGAAGUUUUGAAGUCAUAGUUUCACAUAGUUUGACAGUGGUACGGGGAUCCUUUACAUAAUAGGAGGAGUUUACCCCGGGUAGUAACUAUACAUUCAUCAACAUGUUAACCAUAUUUUACUGACCAACUGUUUAAUGAAAUACAUGAAAUAAGUUUCCUGAAUGCAUAUGCCUGAUGUUGAUUGAUCCUGUAUGUAAAUUGCAAAAUAAAAAUAUGAAAUAUUA